AUUUAUUUUUUAAAUAUAUUUUAAAAUUGUAAUCGUAUAUAAAAUUGCAUUAUAAUACACAUAUUGUAAUAUUUAAUUUUAUUAUCUAUAAUUCAUUUACAAAAUUAUAAUAAUUAAAAAAGAAAUAAUAUAAUAAUAAUAAUAUCUUUAAAAAUUAUUAUAUAAAAUGAAACAAAAAUUAUUCAAAAAUAUAAAAUCAUUUAUUAGUAAUAUAAUGAGAUACUAUUAUUAAUACUUACUGUUUAUUAAUUGAAUCUUAAUUUAAUAUAUUAUUACAUAAAAUCUUUUAUACUACUUAUGUAUAUAUAACUUAUAUUUUAUAAACGAUUUAUAAUAUUAAAAAAAUUAUAUAUAUAUAAUAUAAUACAAAAAUAUAUAUAAUAUAAUAAUUUUAUUUAUUAAAAAAAUUAAUUUUAAUUUUAAUUUUAAUUAAUUCGAAAACAAUAGAAUAUUACAAAGUAUAGCAUAAGUGGUAAUACUGCGUAAGUAAUAAAUUCUGUCCUGUAUAAGGAUUUGUGUGACAUGGCACCAAUCACAGUUCAUAAUUUUAAUUUAUUCUCAAAAUUGUUAAGCUAAUAAAUUUUUGUCGCUAAUAAACAAUUGUGCAAUCACUUCUAAUUUAAGUGAAAACGUUAAUAAAAUUUGAUUUUAUAAAUAUUCGAGAUGUUUUAUAAUUAUCAACUGUGAAUCAAUUUCUUUUCAAAAUGGCAGAAAAUCUUUCGAAACGGCCCCCCAAAGGAAUUUUAAAAUCAUCUAGCUUUGAUAAACCGGAUUUACCUAGAUCAAACAAAGAAACAAAAUGGGAUGAAAUGAAUAUAAUUGCAACAUUGCAUCCACCAGGAAAAGAUUAUGGCCAUAUCAAGAUUGAUGAACCAAAAACUCCAUACAGCUAUGAAGGUCUGCCUGGUGAAUUUGAAUUUGAUGAAUUAGAUUCUGCUACAAUUGCUGCCAAAUUGGCAGAGAGCAGUAAACCAAAAAUAUUCGAAGAAUCAAGUGAAGAUGAAGAAGAAACUGAAACUCUUGAAGAAAGAGAAAAACGUAAAGCAUUUGAAGCAAAGAGAAAGCGUCAUUAUCAAGAGUGGCAAGUAGUUCAAAUGGCUAGAAAACAAUUACUUGAACAAGAUGAAGAAGAUGAAGAUGAAGACAAGGAAGAUAAUGAAGAAAAUGAAGAAGGCACACAAAAAGAUGACAAUAUUUGUCUUCCUUCUGAAGAGCAAAUUAAUUUUAAUGUUAAAUUCAAGUGUAUGUCAUCUUGUAAUGUGAAAAAAGGAAAAUGAUAUAGUAAAAGACACUUUUAAACAAUGUUAUAAAUUACUUGAUUAAAAUUUAGAAUUCAGUUACCUAACAUUCUUAAUUGAUGUUAAAUUUAUUUACUAUAAUAUAAAAUUAAGAACUAACUAAUCAAAUAUAAUGUCCAUUUUAGAUUAUCUAAAUAGUUAAGUCAAUAAAUUUUUCUAAUUGAUCGAUUUUCCAAUGAUUUAUAUAUUUAUUAAUGUAAUUAAUUACACAACGAAUUUAUAGUGGAUUUAUAAUUAGUUAAUUGCGUAAUUAAUUGCAAAUAUAUGAAUAAAUAAUUAAUAAUUAAAUAAGUAUAUAAUUAAUUAUUUUCAACGCUUUAAUAAUUAAAUAUCGACUAAUUAUAUAUUUGGUUCAAAUCAGUACUUAGUUUUCCUAGAAUAGUAUAACAUAAUAAAUACAAAAUCAUAUGAUUUCAAAAAUAAAAAUAAAUUUUUUUAACUGGUUGAAUAAAAUUAUAAUAUUAGUUUUAUUGAUUAUUAACUUUUAUUAUAUUAUCAAAAAGAAAUAAUUUAAUUAUUAAUUAUUUAUAUAUUAUUUAAUAAUAAUUAUUAGUUAUUAAUAUUUUAAUACAUAAAUUAGAUUAUUUAUUUUCAUAUAUAUUUUCCUAUAGCGAUUUUAUUUUUUAAUUUUUUAGAAAAAUUAUGCAUUAAAUAAUUAAUUUUUCAAUAAUUAAUUAAGAUUAAAUAUAAGCAAAGUUUUUUUUUUACAAAUUGUAAAUUAUUAACUUUUUAGAUUUUUUAAUUUAUUGCUUAUUGAAAUAGCAAAAUAUAAUUAUUAAUUACAAAAUUAUUAUCCAAAUAAAUAUGUUUAAAAUGUUAUAUUAGCUAGAAAAUAAGCAGUUCUUAAUGAAUAAUUUUUUUAUUCAUUAAUAAUUAAUGACAAUUAUUUGUUAUGAUUGAUAACAAAUGAUAAUAUAAUUUUACUAUAUUUUAUGAAAUUAUAUAUAAUAUAAUAAAGCAAAAUAUGAGAAAUUAAAAUUUUUAAAUACAAAAUAUGUAUAAUAUAAAAUCUUCAUACACAUAUAGUAAAUUAUUCUAUUAAAUUAUCAUAAUAAGAUUUUUUCAUUUUACUAAUUAUAUUUUAUAAUAUACAAAAAUAAUCUCAUAUAUAUAUAAAAUUAUAUAUUUUUAUAUUUUAACAACAAUUCUUAAAUUUUAUUUUUUUCAUAUAAUAUUUUAAUUCUCAAUCAAUAACUUUAUAUUUUUAUUUAAAAUAAAGUAUGAAAAUAUUUUCAUAUAUACAUGAAUAAGAAAUUAAUAAUAAAAUAAUAUAAUUAAUAGAAUAAUAAUUAAAUUUUAAUUUGAAAAAAUACUUUUGCAACAGACUUGUUUAAUUUUGAAAUUUCCAAAAAUUUAUGAAUCUUAUUAUCUUAAUUAUUAUCUUAAUUUAAAAAUUGCUAAACUACAAACUAUAAAUAUGUUCCUUGUCACAUAAAUAUCUCAAGCCUCUUAAAUUUAUGAUUAAAUAUUGAUAUUAUUUUUAAAAUGAAUUACCUUUUACCUCUUAGUUUUGAAUUAGUUUUACCUCUAAUUAAAAUUUCUAUUAAUUUUUGUUUUAUAUAUUAUAUAUUAUAUAUACAUAUACAUAUACACACACACACACACACACACACACACACACACACACACACACACACACACACACACACACACACUAUUAUAAUAUAUAAAUAUUAAAAUAUAUAAAUAUUUGAAAUAUUUGAAAUAAGUAAUUUCAAAAUUUUUAUGUAAUUACAUUUAUACAUUACAAUUUAAUAAAUCUGACAUUAAUUUUAUAUAUUUUUUCUAAUAUGAUAAUUUAAUAACAAAAUAAUUAUUAUUUGAACAAUCAAAUUUAUUUUUUGUUCAAAAAUAUUUUCUAUGACAUAUAAUAGAUAUUUUUAUAGAUUAAAAAAGAAUACUUAAAUUGAAAAUUAAUUAGUUUUAGCUUAAAAAAUAUAUAAAAUUAAUGUCUGAUUAUUUCAGAAUGUAAAUAUAUGUGUUGACAACGAAUUUAAUGUCAUUAAUACUUAAAUAUAAAAUGCAAUAAAAUCAUGAAUCGAAUACUACAUCAAAUAUUUUUAAAAAACUAGUCAUUGGUACUAGUCUCAAAAAUAAUUUAAAGAAAGAAAUAAAAUUCAAAGAAGAUUUUGAAAUAACAAACAUUAUAAAUUUGCAUAAAUGAUUUUCAUUUAAUGAUAUAUAAAUAUAUCAAAAAAUUUCAAUAGAUUUAUAAAACAUAUAAAUGUUCGAUUCUUAAUUUGAUUGCACUAAUCAACAAACUGCUAUACUCAAUUUAGAUGGAAAACUCAAAUAUACAACUUUAAAAUUAGAGAAGAGAUAAAAGAGAAUUUAAUAGAUAAGUAAAUCAAGGAUGAAGAUAAAUAAUUAUUUUAUUUUAAUCUAGUUUUACAAUAUGGAUAUAAAAUGUAAAAAAAAAAAACUAUUAUUGUAUUAAGCAAUAAAAAUAUAAUGCAUUUGUUA